AUGGAUGUCCGUAAUGGCCGUAAUGGCCGUAAUGGAGAAUUUCCCAAUUUCCAAGGUUCGGAAAUUGAGAUGGACCUUCUAUUAUGGAUGUCCGUAAUGGCCGUAAUGAGAUCUGUCCGAAUUCCGUGAAUUACUAUCUCAUGAGGAAUUCAUGAAUCCUA